AGUAAUGUACCAUCCUCCUACCUACACCGCUUAGAUUCGCCUCUUCUGUCGUUGGACAGAUUUGUGCCGUUCUUUAGCUGCGUAUAACUGAUGAAGCUUCGUCUUAUACCACUGACUGGCCGAUUCUGACCCGCCAAGCUGGUGGUCGGUUCCAAGCGUCGUGUAUGACUGGACAUAAGGAAAAGCUACGUUCCUAUAGACGAUUCUUAGCUACGUACAUAACAUCCUAGAUUAUAUACAUAGCUGCCUUCCUGCCGAAACACCUACUUACGGUGUGAUGGAGGCGAAAAAUGACACCGGCUGGCCGGCCUCCGCCAAAGACGAGCGGAAAGAUCGUCCAGCACUCGAGGAUGAGAUAUCUGAGAAGUGCGGGCCGUCUUCGCCUGAUGUUUUGCAAGAAGAAUCGGGUACUAAAAUACAAAGAACGAUAGCCUACGAAGAGACCGUCGACGACGUGCCGUCACCUGACAGCAGCACCCCCAUCACCUACCUGUACCUGACGUUCGACACCCCGGUGGCCGGUCCGGACCUGGGAAAUCCGCUAUUGGACCGCGAGAACCUUCCGGCCUGUCCAGACUUAUCGCGCUAUGCGGAUCCGCUGACCUGGUCUAAGGCGCGCAAAGGGGCCAUGGUGGCCAUAUCUUGUACCGCGACCUCCUUCGCCGCGUACGCGGCCGGCACAUAUUCCGAGCCCGCGUAUCUGAUCGCCGCCGAUCUAAGGACGACCCACGAGGCCGCGCUGGUCGGCGUGACGACCUUCUGCUUGGGCUUCGCCAUAGCUCCCAUGGCCCUAGCCCCGUUUUCGGAGAUCAAUGGGCGCUAUCCUAUCUUCGCCGCCGCCGGGAUCCUUUUCGUGGCUUUCCAAGUGGCGUGCGCGUUGGUCACCAACCUGGCAGGCAUGCUGAUCUCCCGGUUUCUCAAGGGCGUUGGCGGAAGCGUGUUCAGCACCAUGGUGGGUGGCGUCAUCGCCGACAUGUACGAGAAGGAAGACCGGAACACGCCAAUGGCGAUAUUCAGCGGCUCCGUUCUGUUCGGCACCGGUCUCGGGCCCCUCGUAGCGGGCGUCAUGGUCCAGAGGUGGGGAGGAGAAGGGGAUAAAUGGAAGUGGAUAUUUUGGCAUCAGGCUAUCAUCGACUUCGUCUUGAUGGUCGCCGUGGCAUCCUUCUUCAAAGAGAGCCGGGGCUCGGUACUCCUUUCCAGGAAAGCGAAGGCCUUGAACACGUGGUACGCGAAAUUAGAAGAGAAGGGCGUCUUUGGGGUCUUGGUUCCUGAAUUAAACAAAGAUUCGGACGUCGUACCGAAGCCCGCGACGGUGUCAGGCGUAGGGAUGCCGGAUGUGGAAAAAAAUGGGCCGGCCCUCGGGUUGGAAGGUCGGUCUAGGCCGAGAGAGGACGCGCGCCUGCAGAGGAUCAGAUGGAUCGUGAAGGAGGACGAGCAGCGGGCGUCUAUCGCUACGAUGGUUACCGUCUCUCUAGUUAGGCCGUUCAUGCUCCUCUUCACCGAACCGAUCGUCUUCUUCUUCUCGCUAUGGGUGUCUUUCGCAUGGGCUAUCCUGUAUCUGACGUUUGGGUCCAUACCGCUCGUGUUUCAGCGGCAAUACGGAUUCGACGACGAGCAGUCCGGCUACGUGUUCACGGCGAUGAUCGUAGGCUCCAUAAUUUCGACCAUCGUCGGCAUAUAUCAAGAAAGUAUCCUCAAGCACCCGAAGUGGCAGUCCGGAUCGGGCGGUUCCGACACGGACAGUUCGCAAGACGGCUUGGAGAGCGCGGAGGGUAACGCCGAAGUGAGCGGAUUUUGGGCCUUCGCGCGGCGGAAGUUCCCCGCUGAGUCUCCGGAAUCGCGGCUGUAUUUUACCUGCUUCACCUCGAUACUGCUCCCGGUGGGCCUCUACCUAUUCGGUCUCGGGGCUCGGCCGUCGAUCCACUGGAUGGUUCCCACCUUUGCGAUAUUCCUCGCCACGAUGGGGAUAUACUACAUUUACCUAGCUACUUUUAAUUACCUCGCGGACAUCUACCAGGCGUACGCGUCCUCAGCGCUGGCGGCGCAAUCGUUCUGCCGUAACGUGCUCGGCGGCGUGUUUCCCCUUGUCACGGGACCGCUGAUCCGGAACCUAGGCGAAGGGGCGAUGGGCGGGUUGCUGGGAGGGAUUGCCACCGUAUUAACGGUCGUCCCGGUGGUCCUGGUUUUGUUUGGUGAGAAUAUCCGAGCAAGAAGUUCGUUUGCUAUCGCACUUGAGCGCAAAUGAAAUCUCAAGUAGAUGAGCAAAAAGCCUCAAAUUGGGUGAAUUCGCUGACGCUACGGAUAUUUCUUUUUAGAGGCGAGAGGUUGCGGGAGGCUUGGUAUCACGGGGUGUCAGACGCCAGAGCCUGGUUGGCAUUUUAAAGAUGAGCCUUACCCGCUCCGGUGGUUGGUAUUUUGUUUUUUAUGAGUUAUAUUAGACUAGGUGUUGCCUGUCUCCGAGAGA